CCUCAUUGCUGGCCUCAUCACUCCUCUGUGAUGAUGACGACUUGAAUAACUGUAAGGGUACUAGGUUAAAGGUGCUUUUGUUACCGUUUGUUAUGGCUCUCUCGUUCCUUAGGUGGGGACCACAGCCAUAACAAACGGGAUAAACGAACACCAAAAGCCUACAUCUAAGAACUGCACCAUUUUCGACAGCUUCGAUUUCGGGAACGACGUUGAUGCACUGCGACGGCUACCGCGGGAUAGCUCUUCUUGUAACGAACAACACCAAGGAGACGAUGUUCUUGAUCUACUUCCGGAUACGCUUGACGGGAACGCCAGAAGAUCAAGUGACAAGAAGGGAACCUGUAGGCGCCAUGAAGAAGAUGAGCAAGAAACCUAUCCACCUCGAAGCCAAGAUCUUAGAACGUCGGAUUCCAAAGGUCAGUACAACAAGACGAAGACACGAAGUGAAAGAAAUUCGACACUGAGGAAGUCGAACGCAGACGAAGAAGACAAGAAGGUGGAUUUAGCAGAUAUAUCGCACAUAUCGCAUGAACCCUGGCGCGACGACGAGCAGAAAGAGCGAACGAGGCAAAGCGAGAUAUGA